CGCUUCUCACUCUUUCCCAUUCUCCCCUCAAAUCACCCCGCGUGGCUCUGUUCUUGACCAUGGCUACCGUUCAGACCAUCAACGUUACUCUCCCUUCCCUGCCUUCUGGCUGGAGUGCCGAUAAGGACUUCAAGGCCGUUGGCACCGUCUCCGCUGCCACCCAGAGGAACCUCGAGCCUGUUGGCCCUCACUUCCUGGCCCACGCCCGCAGAAAGCGCCACCACCGCACCUUCUCCGAGGAUGAGCGUAUCCAGGCCCAGCAGAACGUGAAGAGCACCGAGGACGAGGAGGAUGAUGACAUCUCCGAGGACGAGGACCCUAUGAUGCUCUCCAGAGAUGCCAAGGACUGGAAGAGCCAAGAUCACUACCAGGUUCUCGGCCUGUCCAAGUACCGCUGGCGUGCCACCCCCGAGCAGAUCAAGCGCGCCCACCGCAAGAAGGUUCUCCGCCACCACCCCGACAAGAAGGCCGCCAUGGGUGACCGCGACGAGAACGACAGCUUCUUCAAGUGCAUCCAGAAGGCUACUGAGGUUCUCCUGGACCCCACUAAGCGUCGUCAGUUCGACUCCGUAGACGAGGCCGCUGAUGUCGAGCCCCCCACCAAGAAGGAGGCUGCCAAGGGCAACUUCUUCAAGCUCUGGCGCCCUGUCUUCGAGUCCGAGGGCCGUUUCUCCAAGAUCCAGCCCGUGCCCCAGCUCGGUGACGAGAACAGCACCCAGGAGGAGGUCGAGACCUUCUACAACUUCUGGUACGACUUCGACAGCUGGCGUACCUUCGAGUACCUGGACGAGGAUGUGCCGGAUGACAACGAGAACCGUGACCAGAAGCGUCACAUGGAGAAGAAGAACGCCAACGCCCGCCGCAAGCGCAAGACCGAGGACACUACCCGUCUCCGCCACCUUGUGGACGAAUGCGCCGCUGGUGACGAGCGUAUCAAGAAGUUCCGUAAGGCUGCUCGUGCCGACAAGGACCGCAAGCGUCUCGAGAAGGAGGCUGAGAUCAAGCGUCUGGCCGAGGAGAAGGAGAAGGCUCGCCUGGAGGAGGAGCAGCGCAAGAAGGACGCCGAGGAGGCUGCCAAGGCCGAGCGUGAGCAGAACAAGAAGGCCAAGGAGGCUGCUAAGAACGCCGCCAAGAAGAACAAGCGUGUUCUCAAGGGCUCCAUCAAGGAUGUCAACUACUUCGGCGAGGGUGGUGAGCCCUCCGCUGCUCAGGUUGACUCCGUUCUCGGCGACGUUGACCUCGUCAUCAGCAAGAUCGACGCUGAGGAGCUUGCUGGUCUGGCUGGACGCCUUACCGCUGCUGGCAAGGACGCUGCUGCCGUCAAGAACGUGUACGCCGAGGAGGUCAAGCGCCUGGUUGGUGCUGGCAAGCUGAAGGAGGGCGAGGCCAAGUUCUUUGCUUAAGCGGACUGGAGUAUAGGAUGUAUGGUGUCGAUGGAUUUACAUGCUACGCAGGUGUGACCGGACUGGUCAACAAGGUAUAUAGAUCGAUAGAGUUGACUACAAAAUAAUGAGAGCAACGACCUUAUGGAGUUC